GGGUGAUGUGUCUGUAUUAGGGGGUGCUAUCCCUGUAUGUGCGGUGAUGUGUCUGUAUAUUAGGGGGUGGUAUCCCUGUAUGUGCGGUGAUGUGUCUGUGUAUUAGGGGGUGGUAUCCCUGUAUGUGGGGUGAUGUGUCUGUGUAUUAGGGGGUGCUAUCCCUGUAUGUGGGGUGAUGUGUCUGUGUAUUAGGGGGUGCUAUCCCUGUAUGUGGGGUGAUGUGUCUGUGUAUUAGGGGGUGCUAUCCCUGUAUGUGGGGUGAUGUGUCUGUGUAUUAGGGGGUGCUAUCCCUGUAUGUGGGGUGAUGUGUCUGUGUAUUAGGGGGUGGUAUCCCUGUAUGUGGGGUGAUGUGUCUGUGUAUUAGGGGGUGCUAUCCCUGUAUGUGGGGUGAUGUGUCUGUGUAUUAGGGGGUGCUAUCCCUGUAUGUGGGGUGAUGUGUCUGUGUAUUAGGGGGUGCUAUCCCUGUAUGUGGGGUGAUGUGUCUGUGUAUAUUAGGGGGUGGUAACCCUGUAUGUGGGGUGAUGUGUCUGUGUAUUAGGGGGUGCUAUCCCUGUAUGUGGGGUGAUGUGUCUGUGUAUUAGGGGGUGCUAUCCCUGUAUGUGGGGUGAUGUCUGUGUAUUAGGGGGUGCUAUCCCUGUAUGUGGGGUGAUGUGUCUGUGUAUAUUAGGGGGUGGUAACCCUGUAUGUGCGGUGAUGUGUCUGUAUAUUAGGGGUGCUAUCCCUGUAUGUGGGGUGAUGUGUCUCUGUAUUAGGGGGUGCUAUCCCUGUAUGUGGGGUGAUGUGUCUGUGUAAUAGGGGGUGGUGUCUCUGGGUAUUGGGAGGUGGUCUCUCUGUAUUGGGAGCACUCUCUCUGUAUUGGGAGGUGGUCUCUCUCUCUGUAUUGGGAGCACUCUGUGUAUUGGGAGGUGGUCUCUCUCUCUGUAUUGGGAGCACUCUGUGUAUUGGGAGGUGGUCUCUCUGUAUUGGGAGCACUCUCUGUAUUGGGAGCACCCCCUGUGUACAUGGAGGUGGUCUCUCUCUGUAUUGGGAGCACUCUGUGUAUUGGGAGGUGGUCUCUCUCUGUAUUGGGAGCACUCUGUGUAUUGGGAGGUGGUCUCUCUCUGUAUUGGGAGCACUCUGUGUAUUGGGAGGUGGUCUCUCUCUCUGUAUUGGGAGCACUCUGUGUAUUGGGAGGAGGUCUCUCUCUGUAUUGGAGCACUCCCUGUUUAUUGGGAGGUGGUGUGUCUCUCUGUAUUGGGAGCACUCCCUGGAUUGAUGGAGGAGGUGUCUCUCUGUAUUGGGAGCACUCCCUGGAUUGAUGGAGGAGGUCUCUCUCUGUAUUGGGAGCACUCCCUGGAUUGAUGGAGGUCUCUCUCUGGAUUGGGAGCACUCCCUGGAUUGAUGGAGGUCUCUCUCUGGAUUGGGAGCACUCCCUGGAUUGAUGGAGGUCUCUCUGUGUAUUGGGAGCACUCCCUGGAUUGAUGGAGGAGGUCUCUGGAUUGAUGGAGGAGGUCUCUCUGUAUUGGGAGCACUCCCUGGAUUGAUGGAGGAGGUCUCUCUCUCUGUAUUGGGAGCACUCCCUGGAUUGAUGGAGGAGGUCUCUCUCUCUGUAUUGGGAGCACUCCCUGGAUUGAUGGAGGAGGUCUCUCUCUGUAUUGGGUGCACUCCCUGGAUUGAUGGAGGAGGUCUCUCUCUGUGUAUUGGGAGCACUCCCUGGAUUGAUGGAGGUCUCUCUCUCUGUAUUGGGAGCACUCCCUGGAUUGAUGGAGGAGGUCUCUCUCUGUAUUGGGUGCACUCCCUGGAUUGAUGGAGGAGGUCUCUCUCUCUGUAUUGGGAGCACUCCCUGGAUUGAUGGAGGUCUCUCUCUCUGUAUUGGGAGCACUCCCUGGAUUGAUGGAGGAGGUCUCUCUCUCUGUAUUGGGAGCACUCUGUGUAUUGGGAGGUGGUCUCUCUCUGUAUUGGAGCACUCCCUGUUUAUUGGGAGGUGGUGUGUCUCUCUGUAUUGGGAGCACUCCCUGGAUUGAUGGAGGAGGUCUCUCCCUGUAUUGGGAGCACUCCCUGGAUUGAUGGAGGAGGUUUCUCUCUGUAUUGGGAGCACUCCCUGGAUUGAUGGAGGAGGUCUCUCUCUGUAUUGGGAGCACUCCCUGGAUUGAUGGAGGAGUGGUGAAGAUAAGGGGGAGGGAGGAUGAUGAUGAUGCUGAUGAUGGAGGGAGGGGGAUGAAGGCUGGGAUAGGGGGGCUGUAGGGAAGGUCUCAGUGACCCCUGGCUCUCUGCGGUUUGGGGACAAGGAGCUGUCACGUGGCUGUCCCUCUCCUCCCUGCGGUGAGUGUCUCCCUCCUCUCUGGCUGUCUCUCUGCAGGCCCAGCUCUCCCUGACUGUCUCAUUCCUUCCCCUGGCAUUGUGUGGCUGGCAGUCUGUCUCUGGCAGCUGUCUAAUUCCCUGCAUGUCUCCAUCUGUCUAUAUUGCAGGAUGUCUCUCAUUCUGGGCGUCUGUCUCUCCAUAAAUCAAUGUAUUAUGCCGUCUCCUGAUUCAGGGUGUGUCUAGCUCCCUGCAUUAGGCUGUCUCUUGAAAACAGUGUCACCCCAUGGAUAAAAAUGUCUCCCAUAUUGGGGGGAUGUAUUAAGGGAUCUCUCUGGUGUCUGCUCGAGGAGAGGGGGGGGUUCUGUUGGGGUGUCUGCUCGAGGAGAGGGGGGGUGUCUGUCAGCCUGGGGAAGGGGUCUUGGGUUGGGUGUCUGUGGAGCUCUGGGGGGCUCUGUCAGUGUCUGGUCAGCCUGGGGGGCUCUGUUGGGGUGUCUGUCAGCCUGGGGAAGGGGGGGCCUGUUGGGGUGUCUGUCAGCCUGGGGAAGGGGGCCUGCUGGGGUGUCUGUCAGCCUGGGGGCCUCUGUUGGGGUGUCUGUCAGCCUGGGGAAGGGGGCCUGUUGGGGUGUCCGUCAGCUCUGGGGCCUGCUGGGGUGUCUGUCGCCUGGGGGGGAAGGCUGGGGCCUUGCUUGGGGUGUCUGUCAGCCUGGGGGCUCUGUUGGGGCGUCUGUGAGCCUGGGGGCUCUGCUGGGGUGUCUGGUCAGCCUGGGGGCUCUGUUGGGGUGUCUGUGAGCCUGGGGGCCUGUUUGGGGUGGCCCGUGGAGCCUCUGGGGCCCCUGCUUGGGAAGUGUCUGGGCUCAGCCUCUUGGGGCCCCUGUUAAAGUGUCUGUGAGCCCUGGGCUCUGGGGUGUCCAGAGCUCUGGGGGGCUCUGCUGGGGUGUCUGUGAGCUCCUGGGGCUCUGUUGGGGUGUCUGUGAGCCCGGGGCUCAUAGUGUCUGUGACUGGGGGCUCUAGUCAGCCCCGUGAGCUCUGGGGGCUCUGUUGGGGGUGUCUGUGAGCUCUGGGGCUCUGUUGGGGUGUCUGUGAGCCUGGGACUCUGUUGGGGUGUCUGCAGCCUUGGGGGCUCUGUUGGGGUGUCUGUCAGGCCUGGGGGCCUUGCUAGCGCCUGUCAGCCUGGGGGGCCUGUUGGGGUGUCUGUGAGCCUGGGGCCCUGUUGGGGUAGUUCAAUGGGCUCUGGGCCUUGUUGGGGUGUCUGUGAGCUCUGGGGGGCUCUGUUGGGGUACCUGUGAGCCUGGGGGGCUCUGUUGGGGUGUCUGUGAGCCUGGGGGGGCUCUGUUGGGGUGUCUGUGAGCUCUGGGGGGCUCUGUUGGGGUGUCUGUGAGCCUGGGGAGGGGCUCUGUUGGGGUGUCUGUCAGCCUGGGGGAGGGGGGCUCUGUUGGGGUGUCUGUCAGCCUGGGGAGGGGGGCUCUUGCUGGGGUGCCUGUCAGCCUGGGGGAGGGGGCCUGUUGGGAUGUCUGGGGUGAGGGGCUCUGCUGGGGUGCCUGCCGCCUGGGGCCUUGGUUGGGGUGUCUGUCAGCUCUGUUGGGGUGCCUGUCAGCCUGGGGAGGGGGCUCUGUUGGGGGAGGGGGGGGGCUCUGUUGGGGUGCCUGUCACUCUGGGAGGGGCUCUGCUGGGGUGCCUGUCAGCUCUGGGAGGGCCUUGCUGGGGUGCCUGUCAGCUCUGGGGAGGGGGGGCUCCCCAUAGGGGCCUGACAGCCUGGGGAAGCGCUGGGGCUCUGCUGGGGUGUCUGUCAGCCUUGGGGCUCUGCUUGGCGGUUCCUGCCGCCUUGGGGCUCUGCUGGCUUGUCUGCCGCCUUGGGGCUCUGCUGGCUGUCUGUCAGCUCUGGGGUGGGCUCUGUUGGGGUGUCUGCCGUGCCUUGGGGCGGCUCUUGUUAGUGUCUGUCAGCUCUUGGGGCUCUGUUGGGGUGUCUGCCGCCUGGGGCUCUGUUGGGGUGUCUGUCAGCCUUUGGGCCUGUUGGGGUGCCUGUCAGCCUGGGGGCGCCUUGUGAGUGUAUAAUCAGUGAGUGCCUGUGUGAGGUGUCUCAAAGUGACUGUGGGAGGAUAAACCUGUUGGGGGGGCUUCAUUGGCAGUCGGGGGGGGGGGGAGAAAGAGUCUGUCUGGGGGUAUGUUUACAGUUGUGGAUGUUAGGGGGUCUAUCAGCGGUGAGGUGGUCUGUGAUGGGUGGGGAGUCUGUCUGGGGGGUCUGUUUCCAGUGGAGAGAAGGGGUCUGCUAAAGGGUCUGUCUCCGUGGGGGUGGUCUGUCAGGGAUUCUCUCUGUGAUGGGGGUCUGUUUGCACAGGGGGGAGAAUUGUCAGCCAGGUGGUCUGUUUACAGUUGGGAAUGUCUGUCAUGGGGGUCUAUUUGAAGUGGGGAGUCGUUAUGCUCGGUACCUGGAAGAUGGUAUUUAAAAAAAAAAAAGUGUCUGAGUUGGGAAGAGACCCCCAUAUAUUAGCUGUCUCUUGUCUUUUGAUAGACAGUCAUUGAGUCUAUUGGCCGUGGCACCAAGACACCCAGAGGCAUCUCCCCACAUUCACAUCUGCUGCACAUGAGGCACUCUAUCAGUCACUUUGUAGUGACAGUCUUCUGUCUCUGUUAAAAGGCUACUUUUAUUGAUUAAUCAAAAUGUCCAUAUGUGACCUUUAACCCCUUCAAUAAUGCAUUGAUCACAAGCAUUUAGUGUUAAUGGAUCAAAGAGCCCUGUAACCCCUUGCUUGCUGCAGAGAAGCCCCAUUCAUCCCCGGGACACCGCUUCCUGUACAUGGCAUCUGAGUUUAGCAAUGAACCCAAGAUAAUGUCAAUCCAGAAAACCCCUUUACAGGAUCCAUAACAAUGUACAGCAUUACUGAUAGGCCUACUCCUUCCCCGCAGGUCUCACAGUGCCACAUGGACACCAUUCAUGGCAAUGUGUGCGUAGACUGGUUCUUUUUGAAAGUCUGUGUACUAUUUAAAAAAUAAUUAAUAAAUAGGUUUUUGGGUGUUAAAACUACAGAGGACAGUUUCUUCUCAGGAUUUUAGGAUUCAGUUUACUUAUCCAUUAUGUUUAACAAAUGUAUCUGGAAGUAUUAUUGGCAUUUAUAUAGUGCCAAUGUAUUUCUCGGUGCUUUACAAUUCUAGAAUGGGGAUAACUGACAUGCAGAAUAUUAACAGACAAGAGGUGACUAAGCCUGUAAGUUUGUUUGAACAGGGACUUAGUUUGUUCUCUUGCCAAUAUGUAGAUUAAAGGGUCGCUCAAAGCAUAACCUCUAAAGCCUGCUGUAGUGGUUAUGAUGCCAGUAGUACCCUGGCCCAGUCCUCUUGUAAUGGGGAAACCUAUUUAGCAAUGAUGUGGCCCCCCCCUACCUAAUACCGGUGUCUCUAGCUUCACUAGAUCAUCAGAUCCCAGUAGACACCACAGCACUCUCCAUUCACUGGUUGAGUGUCAGCUGUCCACUCACAGCCAAUGACCGAUAUCAUGUGCAGCUAAAAUUGCACAGAAUUGGCAUUAGCCAGCCCAGAACUCUAGUUCCGGGUUACGUCAUGACAACCCAGUGACUCUGCCAGUGGGGUUAAACUUUCAAGUGAAUCACUGCACAUAGACCCCAGGGACCUUGACCGUGUUAAACCACUGAAAAGCAGUCUAAUGGAGAAGGGAAGGGAGUUCCACAGCAACAGUGCAGCCCUACAGAAGUCUUGAUGGUGAGCAUCAGAGGUGGGAGUACGCACAGAGGAUAGACGUAGGUCUUCGGUAGUGCGCAAGGGUCUAGACGGGACAUACUUGUGUAUUAGGGAGCAGCAUUUUGAAACUAUUUGUUAGCAAGUACCAGAAUCUUAAAUUGAGCCCUAUAUAUUACGGGAAGCCAAAUGCCAGUUCUGUGUUGUCUUACUCUAUAGCGUGUCCUCUUUCUUGUAGCUCUAUGGCACGUAUACACACAGCUGCGUCUUGUUCUAUGUAAAUAUUCUGAAAAUUAAUUUUCUCUUCCCAGGAAGUGAAUGCAGGAAACAAACCAGAGUUCUGGAGAAGAGGAGAUUUAACAGAGGGGGAGAGGGAUACAGUAGCAAGCAGGUAGAAAGGAUUGUUCUCUCAGUAGCACCUGUGUGAGUUUAGCAUUUUCUUUCUCACCCCUUCUUGGGGCAUUAGCAAUGACUGGGCGCUACACCCAUGCCGUGGUCAGGGGUGUGCCCUCCUCCCUGGCACAGGAGGCGGAUGGGAAGAUCGAACUGGCAAGAGCACAAAGGGAGAGUGGUGUGUACUGUGGCAUUCUGAGGCAGAAGCUGGGCUUGCAGGUAGUGGAGAUUCCACCUAAUGAGGACCUGCCAAGAGGGCAACUGACUGGUGACACGGCGGUAGUGAUUGCGGAUACAGCUCUCAUCACUCGGCCAUGGAUACCGGCUAGAAGGAAAGAGGUGAUCCCAUGCUUUCUCUUGCAUUCCCUGCAUGUGGGUUACAUCCAUAAUCUACCAUCUGUGCAUGAAAAAAGAUUAAAUAACAGCAUCUGUAUGUUUCUCUUCUCUGUCAGACUGAAGGCUUGCAGAAGCUGUUCGAAGAAUUGAAAUUCAGGGUUUUUGAAAUCACAGAUGAGAACGCCACAAUAGAUGCCAGUGAUAUUCUUUUCACAGGUGAGUGCUAAUCCAGGUCUGGUCCAAACACAUCUAGUGGUAGUGCCAGAGAUAUUGGGCUGUCCUGUGUUCUCCCCCAAAAGAGUUAUAUAGAGGUACUGUUAGAACUGCCAAGGCUAGCUGUACAUUAUUUUUCUUUGUUGGUCUUUGUGCCGUACCUGGAGUCUCCUGGAUUUAUCCUUUUAUGUGAACUGCAUACCCUAGCUGGGCUGGUCUUUUAUGAAUAUUCCGGUUCACCUCCCUAGAUUCCUUUCCAAUAGGUGCUUGUCCCUGUCUGUAACUGUGCCAAUCCUACCUAGCAGUACCAGGCUCUGUAAACAUGUCUCACUGGUUGUUUUUCUUAUGGUACGUUCCUAGAAGUUCGUAAAAUUACUGUCUUGUAUGAGUUGUAUGAGUUUGUACUUGGCUUUCGUUCUUGUACUGAAGGUAGUGUAAUCUCUCCUUUUAUUUUGCAGGGACGGAGAUAUUUGUGGGUUUAUCUAAAUGGACCAAUCUCAGAGGAGCAGAAAUGGUGGCGAAAACCUACCAGGUAUUAGAACCUAUCAUGCUAGCGACCCACAAUGCUCUGCUUCUUAAUCCCACCCCCAAAAUGCUCUAUCUGGAGGUCUCUGCUCUGAGCUCACACCUGUCUUAUCUUCUUUUUGCCUUGAAUUGUCUGUGUUCCCUCUGCUUUGCCUUUCCUUCUAGGAUUAUGCUGUCUCUACUGUCCCAGUUCCGGGUGAUUUGCAUCUUAAAAGUUUCUGCAGUAUGGGGGGCCCGGACACCUUAGUCAUAGGAAGCAGUGACACUGCGAAGAAAGCACUUAAGGUAAGACCUUUUUUGAGAGGAUUCCAUAAUAUCUGUUCCACAUCCCACUUUAGGGCAAGUUCUAAUAUUUGUAAAGGGGGGGGGGGGUGGUGGAUGGAGAGAUGGAAGAGGGGAGAGAGAAUCAUCUUGCCUUUGUUUCAGAGUGGUUUUUGAUAGUGUUUUCUAAAACCCGCUAUCUGUCUUUGUCAGGUGAUGGAGCAGCUGACAGAUCAUCAUUAUGAGACCCUCACUGUACCGGACGAUCCUGCUGCUAACUGCAUUUACGCUCGAGUGGGCACCAAAACGAAUGUCCUAAUCCAUCGCAGUGCUGACGAGUACCCAAACAGCGUCCAGGUACCGAGCAUAACAUACUCCUCAAAUAAGUGCGAAUUAUCAAUAUGUAAAUAUUGUGCAGUAUUUGGUAACUUUGUCAAAUCAAAGCUUUAUAACCCUGCAUCGAUAGUCCUAUUGGUGCUGUGACAGAGGAGAGAUCCGCCGCUCAUCAGAGGAGUACACCCACAUACAAUAACUCCAGCAUAAUGGUAUUAUCUUAAGGGUGAAGCACACCACAGUACCCAAUAUAAAUGAGCAACUUUUCCGUCCCAAUGACUUCCUGAUUUUGAGGAAGAUCUUAUGAUUGGGGGAAAAAACAUGGUAAAUUUGUACCAUUUACCUUAACAGUUACAAUAAGCUGUAAUAACGCACUCCGCUGUAGUGUUUAUGGUGCUUAGUGUCCCUUUAAAUGUAUAGGUUGUCCUACUAAAACUAGCAGCCAGGGUUGAGUGCACAUUGAAACAAUCCUGCAAUGUGUAGUUUUGCUGGACAUUUUCCACUGGGAGUUAUAGGAUUGUUCUAAAUGAAUGCAGAUCUCCUUCAAUAACUAUUAGUAGUUUAGAUCUGUGCUGAUGGCAUAGCAGCCAAAGCUUACAUAAUGUUUGUAUAUAUUUACCAGUAUGACAGGUUAAUAACAUAAUGUGGUUGAGGUGCCCCAUUAGUUAUGUUGCGUGAAACAAUAAAUGCCCUAGUUACACGUUUGCAGUAAAAACCUGUACUCAAGCACCCAGGCUCCUUUGGCACCGCCAGCCUCUCUGCCUCUGGCAGUAUCGUCUUGUAUCAUCUCUCCAGUGACAAAUCCAAUGCUUCACUGAUGCACAUAUGCAGCAAUUGCCAAGUGUGCAUCCAGAUGCUUCUCAUAAGAAAUGGAUAAACUGGAAUCAUUCUCAAACUAUAUUCUUCUGGCUAAUUUAAGCCUUCACAUUACCAUUCACUUUUAGUUACUAAUGUCAUUAACACACUUUAGGAUUAACUCACUAAGUAGUAAUUUGUGGAAAAUUUUGCUGUAUAAUUCAAGGUAAAAUAGUUGCACGUUGAUUAUAGGUAACUGGAAAAUUUCUGUCCAAAUUGCUAAAUUUUGCAGUUCUGUAUAUUCCCUCUGCCUUGUGGGAUGGCAUGAAGUAGCUUACAAUGGUAAUGGUGUUUAUUCAAUACAGUGAAUUGUAGUGAAUACAGCUUGUGACAAAUCUAUGCAGGAGAACGUGUCCAUUUGCUCUAAUUUACCUUAAUCCUCCUCUAUCAUAGGUCUUCCAGAAGCUCACAGAUUACACCCUGGUCCCUGCUUCCUGUUCAGAGGUGUCCAAGAUUGGGGGCUGUCUGACAGCCUGCUCUAUACUAAUAAGCCGCAAAGUGGAGAUAUAAACUCAACAUAUCGGCCAGGCCAAGGGAGACCUGCAUAGAUGGACAGCUUUCCUCCGUGUGAGUGUGUAUGUACACUCACUCCCUCUCAAUGUGCUUAAAUAGAGCUCAAAGUUUAGAUAUAUUAAGUGCAUUAAACGGAGAUACAUGCGUUCUUUUUAUACCGUACGUGCGUGUACAUACACAUUACACACAAUGUGCUUAUUAAGUGCACACGUUUCUACAGUGAACGCUGCCUGUAGAGUUCAGUAUUUUCUGGCUAUAGUUACUUUUUAUUUUCUCUCCCCCCUCAAAAAAGUUGGGGAUGUUUUGUUUUGAAAAGUCUUGAAUUGUUUUUGCACAAGCCCAGUCUCUCCCAACAGCCUGGAGUUUUGGCUGUUCUGAGUGUUUAGGAGUGAUCAGUUACCCCCUCCAGCUGGUGCCAUUUCUGAUAAGUGAUGCCCCGCUUAUUUGAGCUGUGAUCGAUUUUACCAGAAUAUAAACAAAUUCCUCUUAUAAUCUCUGCCGUAUGAUCAGUGUCCCCGUUUACAACAUUUUGAUGUAGUUUCCAGUAUAUCCCCUAAAAACCACCAGUCACUUUUUUUAACGGUCCUUUUUAUUAAAUUUCGGUUUAAACUUUCUUUUCCACUCAUAAACACUCAGCCUCUUGCACUGUGGUCAGUUAAUGGGAGCACAUUUAACAGUGCUUAAUUUCAAAGUCUUUUUGGUGCUAAAAUGUUAAAGCCCCUUUAACGCAUCAUAUCACACAGACUCCAUUAUGCCCCAACUCUGUUCUUUUUACACAGAGCUGAGCUUCCAUUGUUCAAUAUUUUUAGGUUUCAUUAGACUUUGCCAUUUCCUCGGAAUCUUCUCAUCGAUCUUGGAUUUCUGUCUGAUCUUCUUUUUAAUGUUUUGUAAUUACUCCACCUUAAAUAUCUCCACUCAAUUAUCUGUGCCUGCACCUUUUUUCUUUCCACAUUUCGGUGGUUUCCGUUCAGAAUUGUGGCUUUGUCUUUGUAUAUGAAAUGCAGAACGGCUUCACAACAUGAUUCACGGUCACAGCUGAAAGCCUUUUCCUGAGAUGCAGAUUGCUUCAUACACAAGAAAAUGGCGCUUGCACAAUGGUAGGGAUUUCCAAAAGAGAUUCCCCCCUACUUUUAUACCUCCACUCUUUCAUUCCCCCAUCUAUAAUAUACUGGAAACAGAACGAUUGUGUUUUUAUAUUCCUCUGCGUUUAUAAUUAAAGAGCUUCAAGAACAAGUUUUGUGAAGGUUUUUUUAAUGUUUUUACUUUUUAUUAACAUAAAAUGUACUUUUCCUUCUCAAGUGACACAUUCGUCUGUACGUUAACAAAUAUAUAGAUCUUAACUAUGGUCCCUCCACCUGUCAAUCACCGAUCAGCACACUUGCCUAAAAUGACAGCAUAUAGCUUAGUUUUACGCACGAUAAUGUGAGGGUAAUGGUUGUUUUUUCCUAUGAGUUAGGGAAAUAGUUUAAUUGUGCAUAUAUACAUUCAGACAUGUUUUUCGCAUCCGCCAUUUUGCUUUGUUUUCUUGGCCAGAACAUAGUGCUUCUCACUAGUAAAUGGACAUAAGCUGUUGGUGGAUAAACUUAGAGAAGAGAGAACUCAUGUGAUUUCAUGUAAACGGAGUUAAAGGAGCUGGCCAAAAAUCCCUGUACCAACCAAUAACUUUGAGAAGUCAGGAUACGGUGUCUGCAUUACUGAUAAAACCUGCGGAAUCACAUAAUCGAGGCGUAGAUGGUUGAACGGGGAGUUGCAAGGUUUCGGGAGGGCUGCUUUGGUCCCAACUGUAGCUCAACGUAGGAAACAUUAUCCUCGUCCUGAGUAAAUGGAAAAGAAAAUUAAAAGUAUGUGAAUUCCAUAGAGCUGGUACUGGUUUCAGAGUGUGCGCUUGCUGGUGCCUUGCUACCCAUGUCCAUCAGAGAAAAU